AUGAAUCAAUGUCAAAGCUACGUCACGGCCUCUGAGAUAUGUCAGGCACAUGACCCCAAAAAGCGAAAGUCAAAAAAGAAGGAUCCAAUAUCCUCCAAUCAUUCCUCAAGGAGCAGAGAGGAAAAUUCAUCAAGGAGGGAUAGAAACUACAUGCCGCAUCGUCCGGAACCCCCAUCAGACAUGGGACCUCCACGAUCCAGACAUGUAUAUGUCACGGAAAGAGAGGCUAGGACACGGAAUUUGCUCGACGGAGGUAACGAUUUGAUGUUUAACCAGAACAUGAAAGAAAUAUUCUUCGCCUUGGCCGACGAAGGGAAGCUGUCGAGGUUCAUCAACCGGAAGGAUUAUGACACAAGAGGCAAAGUGGAAAGGAGGCUUUGGAACCAAAAACGCAGAUCCCCGAAAAGAGACGAGGCUAGGCGCGAAAGUUCCAACACGCAGGGAACUAUUAACAUAAUUUUCUGCGGCUACACCGAGGAAUACCCUACCAUCAGCGCCGCAAAACUCAGUGUCCAUACUCUACUCAAAGGACCUCCGAAAACCACCUCAAGUGGGGCAAUCAUUAAAUUCGAUGCCACUACAUCUCAACCGUUGCAGCAGCUACACACUGAUCCUCUAGUGGUUACCCUCAAGAUAGGGCAAAUGAAGGUUAAGCGAAUAUUGGUGGAUACUGGAAGCACGACCGAUCUUAUAACAAUGGAGUGCCUAAGAAAAAUGAAAUUCGAAGAAAAGCACCUGCAACCCCUCGAUAAACCUUCGAUCGAUUUCGGAGGAAAUCAGGUUAUUCCAGUGGGAACAAUCAUACUCUCGGUGCGAGUAGGGGAAAGAAGCGGAAGCAGAACAAUGCCCGUACGUUUCACGGUGGUGGAUCUGACGUUCCCCUACGACGCCAUCAUAGGGCUCCCACUCAUCAACAAGAUCAAAGCGGCAAUCUUACCUCACCAACUCUUGCUACAGCUCGAGCAGGAUGAUGGACAAGUCGGCAUCAUCAAAGGACAUCAAGUAACGGCACGUCAAUGCCUCAUCAACAUCCUGAAACAAGGGACUCUUGUCAUCCCCUCUAAAAGAGAAAGGGAAGAUAUGAGGAGGCUUCACCCGGUGGAACGAUAUGAGGAGGCGGAGAUAUUCGACGGGAAGCAAAUCAAAGUGGGAAAAGAUCUUCCAGACGCAAUCAAGAAAGAUAUCAUGGCCACCAUCGCUGAUUUUCGUGAUAUCUUCGCAUUUUCCAAGGAAGAGAUGUCUGGCCACAAACUUGACAUAAAACCAGGCUACAAGCCCGUGAAGCAAAAGCUACGGCAUCAGGGGAAAGAGAGAAUAGAGGCCGCCAAAAAAGAAGUAGAAAAGUUGUUGAAAGCAGGAUUCAUCCGAGAGUGCAAAUACUCCGAUUGGCUCUCCAACGUCGUUCUCGUCAAGAAAUCAAACGGGAAGUGGAGGAUGUGCGUUGAUUUUACGGAUCUGAACAAGGCAUGUCCUAAAGACGAUUAUCCCCUCCCCAAGAUAGAUCGUCUGGCGGAUUUCACGGUAGGCCACGCCAUAUUGAGCUUCAUGGAUGCUAACGUAGGUUACCAUCAAAUCCCUUUGGCCACAGAAGACCAGCCGCACACCGCAUUCAUUACAAAUGCCGGCGUGUACUACUAUAAAGUCAUGCCCUUUGGGUUAAAAAAUGUCGGAGCCACUUAUCAGAGAAUGGUCAACAAGGUCUUCCAGUCCCAAAUAGGACGAAACUUGGAGUGCGUGUUUGGAGUCACUGGAGGAAAGUGUCUUGGCUUUCUCGUGGACGAGAGAGGGAUCGAAGCAAGCCCAGACAAGAUUCGGGAAAUUCAAAAUAUGAAAUCCCCUAUUUCCGUAAAAGAAGUCCAAAAGCUAAUAGGGUGUGUGGCCGCCUUAGGGAGAAUCCUAUCUAAGUCCGCGGACAAAUGCUUGCCUAUCUUCAAGACCCUUAAACAAAGCAAGUUUGAAUGUACAAGAGAAGCCGAGGAAUCCUUCCACCAGUUAAAAGAGCACCUGUCCUCUUUGCCAAAACUAGUUUCACCCAUCAACGGGGAAGAGCUAGUCUUAUAUGUCUCGGUCUACGAAUACUCACUGUCAAGAGUAUUAGUCGCUGAAAGAGAAAAGAAGCAGUUCCCCGUAUACUACGUAAGUCAUGCCUUUCGAGGCUCGGAGGGAAACUACAGCGAAAUGGAGAAGGUCUUAUUCGCAGUCGUGAUGGCAAGCAGGAAAUUGAAAUCAUACUUCCAAUCCCACCAGGUCACCAUCCGAACCAGCAAACCUUUGAAAAAGAUUUUGGAAGGGAAAAACAAAUCAAGCCGCGUCACAGACUGGGCUAAUACCCUAGCAAAUUUCGGUAUUGAAUACGAGCCUCGAACGGCAAUCAAUGCCCAAGCCUUGGCUGACUUCAUUGCUGAAAGUACCAUCCCUCAUCAUCCCGAAGCCAACCAAGAAUGGAAAUUGUAUGUAGAUGGGUCCUCCACGCAAUCAGCAAGUGAAGCAGGACUUCAAAUUGUAUCUUCCGCAGGGGUUCGCAUGGAAAGGGCAGUCAGAUUCGAAUUUGCGGCAUCUAAUAAUGAUGCAGAAUAUGAAGCACUACUCUUGGGGCUUAAAAUAUACCAUGAAGCCGGGGCUAAAUCCUUAUCCACCUUUUCCGACUCCUAA